AAUAUGUAGUAUAAAAUAUUAUGAAACAAAUUUUUGAUAUGAAUUAAUAUAUUCCAGAAAACGAGUAAUAUAUUGUGAGAUUUAUUUAAAUGUAUAUUCAUAAUUUUUAUAAUAAAAAUUAUGAUUGAGAUAACAGCAAAACUAAUUAGAGGACCUGUAUAUUUUUCUGGUGAAGUUAUAGAAUGUUUGGUCACAUUUAGUAAUCCAUUAAAUCCAAUUCAUCAAAUAUCUCAAAGUCAUAGUGAUAUUUUUGAGAGUCUCGCAUGGGCUAGUGCACAAGUUCAUUGCCAAUGUUCCACAAAUAAUAAAAUUGUUUUCUCAGAGAGGCUGAACAUGACAGCACAAUUAGCAGCUAUUAAUGCAAAUACAACCUUUGCACCAUGGCAACAGGAUAAUGGUCAUGUUGUUCUAAAUACAAAGCCAAAAAUUUUAUUUUGUGACUUAAGAUUAUCUCCUGGUGAAAGUAAAACAUAUAUUUAUCGGGAGACAAUUCCAAGCGAUGCACCUCCAUCUUAUAGAGGACAUGCAGUAAAGUAUUCAUAUAAAAUCACAAUUGGAACACAACGAGUAAACACAGCUAUAAAGCUACUUAGAGUUCCAUUCAGAGUACUUUCUUUGAGUGAAUUGCCUGAAGUAACUGCUUGUAAUGAUAGUGUUGACUUGAGUCCAAAUAAUCCAUUCAUGGAAACACAACACAGAGAUACUCCAUUAGAUGUUGCGCUACAAACUCUUCAGAAUUUAACAGCUAGGCGCAGUCCAAAUUUUUAUAAUAUUACAAACGGACGUGGGCGCGUUGUAAGAUUUUGUCUUUUUAAAAAUUCGUAUAAACUUGGAGAAGACAUAGUUGGAACGUUUGAUUUCUCGAAUGCUACCGUUUCUUGUGCGCAAGUAUCUGUUGCGUUGCAAUCAGAGGAACAUAUUUCAGAGGAAUACAGACGAGGAAAGGUGUCAACACCAACUUUAGUCAGUUAUAACAAACACCACGAAAUGUGUAUGGGUUUAAAAUAUUCCCAUUUGGUAUUACCCAUACCAUUACACGUAACACCAGAUUUUACUACUGAUUUAAUGACACUAAAAUGGAGACUACACUUCGAAUUUGUUACGACUUCCAAAUUAGUAGAAGUGCCCAAUAAAAGUACUGUUAACUGGCAAGGACCAUUGAUCUUGGAUGUUGAAACGAUGACAUGGGAUUUACCUGUUCAUAUUCAUCCAACAACUACGCCACCUAAUACUGCACAACAAACUAGAUAUAAUACAGUGAUAUAACAAAUUGUGAAAUUUUGUUAUAUUGGAAAUUCACAGAGGUUUAUUAUUUUUCAUUAAUAGUUGUUAAGCCAUGCAUUUUCUUAAUUAUUGAUAUAAUAAUAUCGAAAAAAUAAUGUAUAUUGAAAAGCGUAAAUAGA